AUGAGUUCGUCACUGGUUGCUUAUGAUGAUUCAGACUCUGAGGCAGAAACUGGAAAGACUGAAGUCCCCAAUACUCCUAGCAGACUAACCAGCCUUCUGAGUCCUUCUGUGGAUCGUGUUCAGUACUUUGCACCUGGUAGUUUGGGUACAAAAUCUACAUACGAAAUGCAGCAUACUGAUAACACUGACAGUUCUGGCACAAGCACUGUUUAUGAAGAUCCCCCUGAGCAUUAUGCACAGAAUAAUAACACUCAUUUGACAUCUCCUUAUUGUAGGAGAGCGUACUCUGGCCGUACUGCAUUAUGUAUGUCCUACAAAAACUAUGAACAGAUAUCAAGCUCUUCAACAAACUCUGGAAAUGUUGUUUCCCAGAAGAGAACACAUGCAGACAGUACUACUGCCAUAAAAGGAAUUAGACCAUAUAUCCCUAAAAGAUUGCGUCAAGAAAAUUCCAGUAUGCCUGAAAAAAUAGAAUCUGAUCAGAAAGAUAGCUCAGAUUGUGAUGUUAAACUGGGUAUAUCAGGAGAGCAGACUUCGAGAAAGAUCUCUGAGUUAAUUAAGCCAUAUUUGGGAUCCAAAUAUAAGUUAACUGAAGUCCCCAAAAACUUAGUAUUUUGCAUGUCUAAACACAGCGGCCCUGUUAAUGAAAUCCAGUGGUGUCCUGUACGACAACAAAGUCACAUGCUUCUCUCGGCUUCUAUGGACAAAACAGUCAAGGUAUGGGAUGCUGUGGAUACAGGCUGCUGUUUAAAAACAUAUUCCUGUCACUCCUGUGCUGUUCGAGCUGCCCAGUGGUCAUCUUGUGGAAGAAGGAUCCUCAGUGGGGGCUUCGAUUCCAUGCUGCAUUUAACAGAUGUAGAAACAGGGAAGCAGAUAUUUAGCAGCAAAAAUGAAUUUAGAAUCAGCGCGCUGAAGUUCCACCCUACAGAAUCAAAUAUUUUCAUUUGUGGAGGGUUCAGCCCAGAAGUUAAAGCUUGGGAUAUAAGGACUUCUAAGGUGUUAAGAGUGUACAAAGCUGCAGUACAACAGACAUUGGAUAUACUCUUUCUCCCAGAUGGAAGAGAAUUUCUUACAAGCACAGAUGCAGUAAGCCGGGAUUCAGCUGAUCGUACCAUUAUUGCAUGGGACUUCCAAAGUGCUGCAAAAAUCUCCAAUCAGAUUUUUCAUGAGCGUUACACUUGCCCAAGUCUGACUCUGCACCCAAAAGAGUCUGUGUUUGUUGCUCAGACGAAUGGGAACUACAUGGCUUUGUUUUCCGCCCAGCGACCUUACCGAAUCAACAAAAAGAAAAGAUACGAAGGACAUAAGGUGGAAGGAUUUGCAGUGGGCUGUGAAUUUUCUCCAGAUGGAACACUUGUGGUGACAGGAAGUUCAGAUGGCAAAGUGUUUUUCUACAACUAUCAUACUGCUAGGAUUAUUCGCACUUUGUCUGCACAUAAAGAAGCUUGUGUGAGUGCAAUAUUUCACCCAGUCUUGCCGUCGCUCCUUGCAACAUGUGAUUGGGCUGGAGAAAUCAAGAUCUGGCAAUAA